AUGCCUGGCCUCUGUGAACGCAUCCUCCUUAAAGACCACAUCCUCUCCUCUGUCCUCGCCGAUCUCCAAAGCUCUCAAGCAGCAAAGCUUGCUGACGCCGUUUUAUUCGGCCAACGGCCACAGGGCCUGGGGGCUCCAGCUUUUGACUUGAGUCGCCGCUUGCAAGCCAUAACUACCACAGCACUAUCGUUGGAGGAGCGACUGGACCAUGUCAUUGGGGUCUGCGGUGCUACCGUCGGUGCUACCGUCGAUGAAAAUACCCUUGCUGGUACUCAGCCGUCUCUCUUUGACGACUGUCCAUGUGUGAGGAUCAAAAGUGAGCUAAAAACACAAAGCACCAUCGCUCCCACAUUUGCAAUGACCACGCAAUCAUCGAGAUGCGCAGUUAUACUGCCAGAAGCCAAAGCCAAGGUCGAAAUUCGGUCUUUCGAUGUCAUGCCACCAGAAGAGGGCCACAUCACGGUGAAGAUGGAAUUCGCAGGUAUCUGUGGAACCGAUCCGCAUCUCUGGAAAGGCGACUUUCCAUUACCAGGGCCAGUCAUCUUAGGACAUGAAGGCAUUGGAAUAGUCCAUGCACUGCACGACUCGGUCAAGACUGACCACGCCUCCCAGCCAUUGGCGGUGGGCGAUCGUGUCUAUUGGGCCGCGGUCAGGCCGUGCCAGAGCUGUUACUAUUGUACAGUCCUCGACGAUGAGUGUGGCUGUCCCAACAACUUCUUCAUGCAUCAAUUCGAGGAAGCUGUUGCUGCACGAGGGACAUGGUCGACAUACACCGAGUUUGCGACCCUGGGCCCCCGAAAUGCAUUCUACAAGGUUGACCACAGCGUCCCACCCGAUACAUUCAUCGCUUUGGGGUGUGCCCUGCCAACCGUUCUCCAGGCAAUUGCCCACCUUCCGGGCGGGGUCAUCAAGCCCGACGAAAACAUCCUCAUCCAAGGAGCAGGGGCUGUAGGUUUGGCGGCGAUAAUGAUGGCCAAGAUCUCAGGCGCCAACAAGGUUAUCGUCAUUGAAGCAAACAAGCUAAGGAUGGCAAAGGCGACAGAAUUCGGAGCGGACCUGUGUCUCGACAUUACGCAGACCACCGGAGAAAGUAGAGCGAAGACCAUCAGUGAUGCCCUAGGUUUUCGCGGCGUCACUCUGGCCUUUGAGUGCUCAGGCGUGCUAGGGGCUGUAGCAGAAGGUCUACACCUGCUCGGUCGCAAUGGGAGGUACAUGUUGAUCGGGACGUGGGCUGGUCAAGGCGAAGUUGGCUUUGACCCCUUCGUUGCCGUGAACAAGGCUCUUACCAUACAAGGUAGCACGUACUGUGCUCCACGAGACUAUCACAAUGCUGUGCGGCUCAUCGAAAAGAAUCAUCACAGAUUCCCAGUGGCAAGCAGCGUGAGCCACCGCUUCGCCUUGGUGGACACAGAGAAAGGAUUGGAAACCGUGUUGAGUGGUGAGGCCGUAAAGGCCGUGAUUCAGCUUGACCUUUGA